GGUCCAGCCAUGCUGGAACUCAUCGACGUUGACGUGAGUCGCAUCGGCGCUCUGGGGCCUAUCUUUGAAUCCGCAAAGCAUUCGGAUUUUUCCUACCAGGCGCUGAGACGGCAAGGCGACGCACGCUUUCUGUGGAUUUGGAACCUGGUCCUCCCACCUUACCAGGCCGUUUUGACUGCCGCCUUAGAUCCUGCUGCCGCCUGGCUACAAAACGACAUGUGCCCGCAGGGUUUAGUUUGGCGCCGUUUCCUGGCCGCCGACAGCGAGGAACGUAAAGCCAAGCUGAAAGUCAUCUUCUCUGUGGAAGUGGGACCAUGGGUGCUGAAGAAGGUGGCCAUCAAAAAACCCACCCUGAUCGGCAAGAAACUCUCCAUGGCCAGUUACUACGUGCCUGAGGACUACAUUGAGAUUACCAUGGAUGUCACCAACGGUGGCAAAGGUGGUGGUUAUGAAGAAAUGGUCACGGGAAUGGUGUUGCGACAUGUGAAGAGUUUGGAGUGCAGUGUUUGUUGCCUCUUGGAGGCAACUGAACAGGACGAACUGCCCGAGUGCGCGCUCUUUGCCGCUCACUUCUCACACGUGGACUUUGGCAAGAUGAGGAUGAUGACAGCCAUGUGAUUGCCAGUCUCACAGCGGGACCUGGUGAAGGGUGACUUAAGAAUACUUG